AUCAAAAUUGUGUCACAAUACUUCUUCUAUAUGGAGACAAAGCUGCACUUGCUAUACCAGAUGAAGACAAUAGCUUGACGGUGUACACUUCAAAUCAAGGGCCAGAGAGUGCACAUACCACUAUUGCAAGAUGCUUAAAUAUUCCUGAGAAUAAUGUUCGUGCAAACAGAAGGGCAGGUGGUGGUUUUGGUGGAAAGUUCACAAAAGCUAAUCCUGUUGCUACAUCAUGCGCACUUGCAGCACACAAAUUACGCUGCCCUGUCAGGACAUAUAUGAAUCGUAAGACAGAUAUGAUAACGGCAGGAGGAAGGCAUCCUAUGAAGAUAACCUAUAAUGUGGGAUUUAAGAGUAAUGGGAAGAUUACUGCUUUAGAACUUGAGAUAUUGAUAGAUGCAGGAAUAUAUGAGGAUGUAUCUAUAAUAAUGCAUUAUGUAAUUGGUGCACUUAAGAAAUAUGACUGGGGUGUUCUAUCUUUUGAUGUGAAAUUAUGCAAAACUAAUCUUCCUAGUAGAACUUCAAUGAGAGCCCCUGGGAAUCUUCAGGGAUCAUAUAUUGCUGAAGCUAUAAUAGAACAUGUGGCAUCUACACUUUCAAUAGAUGUAGAUUCUGUGAGAAGCAUUAAUCUCCACACAUACCAAAGUCUCUGCACUUUUUACCCGAGUUCUGCAGGUCAGCCUACUGAGUAUACCUUAGUUUCUAUAUGGGAUAAAUUAGUUAUUUCUGCAAGGUACGACCAGAGGAGAGAAAUGGUGGAAGACUUUAAUAGGAACAACAUCUGGAAAAAAAGAGGUAUAUCUCGUGUGCCUGUUGUGUUUGAAGUAACUAUGAGCCAAUCACCAGCAAGAACAAGUAUUUUAAAGGAUGGGUCCGUUGUUGUUGAAGUUGGAGGGAUUGAAAUAGGUCAAGGUCUGUGGACUAAGGCGAAGCAAAUGGCUGCAUAUGCACUUAGUUUAAUACAAUGUGAUGGAUCUCAAGACCUAUUAGAUAAAGUACGUGUCAUACAAUCUGAUACGUUGAGCAUGAUUCAAGGAGGGGCCACUUUUGGUAGUACUACAUCUGAGUCAAGCUGUGGAGCAGUUAGGCUUAGCUGCAAUGUCUUGGUUGAGAGGCUGAAGGCAUUCAAGGAAAAGUUGCAAAAGGAUAUGGGUUUUGUCGAUUGGAACACACUUAUUUCUCAGGCACACUUACAAAGCGUGAACUUAUCAGCAACUUCAUUUUAUAAUCCUAACAGUGCAACCAGCACGUACCUCAAUUAUGGUGUUGCAGUGGGUGAGGUGGAAGUAGAUCUUCUCACAGGAGAAACCACUAUUAUGCAAACAGAUAUUAUCUAUGAUUGUGGAAAGAGUCUCAACCCUGCUGUAGAUUUGGGACAGAUUGAAGGAGCAUUUGUGCAAGGGUUAGGGUAUUUCAUGUUUGAAGAAUAUGAAAUAAAUCAUGAAGGAUUAGUUUUAGUAGAUGGAACAUGGAAUUACAAAAUCCCCACAUUAGACACCAUAACUAAACAGUUCAAUGUUGAAAUUCUCAACAGUGGACAUCACAAGUAUCGCGUUCUGUCUUCCAAAGCUUCCGGUGAGCCACCACUACUUUUAGCAGCUGGGGUUCAUUGCGCAACAAGAGCAGCAAUCAAAGAAGCCAGAAGACAACUUGCUUCAUGGAGCAACUCAGAUGAACUUGACAAACCAUUCCAAUUGGAUGCGCCAGCAACUAUGCCUGUGGUAAAGGAACUCUGUGGAUUGGACAUUGUGGAAAGAUACUUGAAAUGGAAGAUGGGCAAAAUAUGAAAGGAGUUUAAUAUCUUGGAAAUAAAUUGCUGUGUGUGUUUCAUGUUUGGAUGCUUAAGAAAUAUGUACUAGUUUGUCAAAAUGUUGUGUUUAACAGUUCUAUCUUCUUAUGAACUAUAUUUUCAAGAUGAUUUCAUUUGUAUCUUAGGUCAUAUAGAAGCACUAUGUGAGAUGUAUUUGGAAAACUCUCUUUUUUUCAGCUGUUUCUUGUGUAGUAAAUGAAAUUUGAA